CCACUUGCGUGGCUCUAUAAAGCCGAGAUGCAGGCAGUUCGUCCACUCGGAGCGUGUAGAAGAGCAGUGGCAGAGAGCGAGGUACGUUCACACACACACAUCAUCGUAUCUGUCAUUCACGCGAGGCAGCAAGACUGGGAGUACGGAUACAGUAAGGGUACCGUUGUUGUAGUGCAAGUCGACACCAACGCGUGUGGGACCCAGCAUGAAGUUCACGGCCAACAGUGGAGGCCCGGCUCUCGAGGGCCCAAGCCGGAUCUGCUCGUGGCGGUUCGCCCUGGGCCUGCUGCUCCUGCUGCUGCUGUGGGCGGGCGGACUCACGGGCACCUGGGCCCAGCCCCUGCGCCAGCCCACGGCGCACAGAGAUUCACACACGACUGCACACGUGGCCUGCUGCUCCUACGUGCAAGGCUCCAAGAUCAUCGACCCGAACUGGUAUGUGGAUCGGGGUGUCCGGCCAAUCGGCCGCUACGGGAAGCGUCUUCUUGCCAGGUCCACUCGGGGUCCGGGUCCCCCGAGUGGACCCUCGUCGCCCGUCCUGGCUGCGAGAGCCCCGACCCUACGGGCCGUGACCUCGUCAGGACUGCGUGGCCGCGCAGGUGUCAAUCAGCAAGGCCGGGCAGCAUCGCACCAUUUAGCCUACAAAAUUGUAUUUAAGAAAAUGUGAAAUUGCGUUGGCAGUGGUGCGUUUGCACAAAUAGCAAACAUGCAACACAUUUGUCAAUAACACUGCGCUAAAAGGAACACAAAUACAUAAUAGGCAACAUUUUGGCAAUGGGCCUUCUUCAUAAGAGAUGUGAUCUCUCUGCUACGGGGAGGGGCCAUUGUCAAAAAGUAGACAGCAGCAUUUUUCAAAACUCACGUUUUGUUCCCACACCCUGGUCUCACUCCGGUAUUCUUGUUUGCCAAUGUAAUCAGUUCAAUAACAUACUCAAGUCACGGCGUAAUAUCACUUUGGUGAGCAAUGUGAUCGAUACUUCUACACCAGCACAACGCGUCCAUUGUACCUCGCGCUGUGGCUGUCGCUACGACUCGUCACGUGCGACCAGGAAAAAUCCUCCACGGGAAACUCAGCAGCUACUGAUCGCUUAGCACGUUCCACGUGGGGUAUCGAUCAUUACGUGGGACACACAUUGCGCACACGCUGGUAUCAGAAUGUGAGUUGGGUGAAUGUGCGUGACGUGCUAGCGUGCGAGUUGUGUGGGCGUUUGGUCUUUACGUCGAUUUCCUAAUGACUGGUACCAGCGGUGUCAAGAUCGGCCUCUGUGGAAGAGGCUCGUGAAGGACGCUGCGACUGGGCAGUUGGAGGCAGUCGCCCUACAACAACAGCGGAGGG